AUGGACGUUGAUCCACCUCAUCUGAGAAGCUCUAGGGUCAAGGCGUGCACCGAGUGUCGGCAGCAGAAGCUGCGAUGUGAUGCAGGACAGAGCUCGUCGACAGGCUGUUCCCGAUGCCGUCGCAGAGGGCUGAAAUGCGUCAUCACGUCCAACUUCGUGCGCUCCAAACGGAAGACCAAAUCCGAGUUGCAGGCAGAGCUGGCAUCGCUGAAGGACCAGCUGCAAAGCCCGACUCAUCCUAGUCCUGGUCAACCGCCUAGCCAUGUCCGUGUCUCAUCCAACUCCGACCAAGCCAUCGCUUCUCCUAUGGAGCAAAGGGUUCAUUCAGCUAGCACCGAAGCCUUCCAGCAACAGCCCACACGAGAGAUCUCUAGCGUACCCACCCAAGACAGCACGAGCUGGUCGACCUUACCGCGGGUCUUUGGCGACGUCGAAGUCAGUGCUUUGGCUAUCAAUGACUGCUUCAGGAUCUUCUUCACUCGCUACUGGCCUCAAUGUCCAGCCAUUGAAGGUGAGAUCAGUCCCAAUGACUGCUACAGUCAGUCGCAGUAUCUCUUCUGGACUAUCACGACAAUCGGUUCUAGGAGGUACAUCCGGGACCCGACCUUACUAUCGCAGUUGGCUCCUCAACUCAUCAAUUCCACCAAGCAUGCAGCAUUCUCCCGCGAGAAGUCUUUGCAUACUAUCCAAGCUUUCGUGCUACACUGCGCAUGGCCAUUGCCUUACAAUUCGCUGAGUAAGGAUAUUACCCAUAUCCUUUCCGGCAUGUUAGUACAGCAUGCGCUGAGUGUCGGCCUCCAUAUCUUUGGCGUCGGCCAAGACUUCUCCCGCAUCAAGCUACAGAACGACCGUGCCAUGAUGUAUCUUCGCGCUCGUCUGUGGGUGCUGUGCAUCGUAGUCUGUCAGAGGAUCAGUUGUACCGACGGCGUGCCUCCAAUGUACAUUCCAGACAAUUACGACCAUGAAUCUCAUCAAGCCCAGUCAAUAUACGCCCUACCGCCAGCCUUGCGAUUCCAGAAAACUCUCAGUCGGAUACUCACUGAGUCAAUUCUAGAGCUCGAGAGAUACGCCUUAUCCAAAGCCAUGCCACACCGUGCGGCUGUACUCAACCCGAUCAUAGAUGCCGCGUCUCUGUCGUUAGCAGAGUUGGAACCGGAAUGUCCUGGUGAGAUCGAACGAUACUACCUCAUCUGUGCAGAAUUACAGAUCGUGGCGUUUCAUUUGUUGGGCCCUAAGGGCUCUUUCCAAGAGUCAAAAAUCAUCAAGAUGCAUGAGUUGGCCUGCAGUGCAAUUGACAUCCUUGACAAUCUGGACAGUGUACAGUCCUGGGCAGUUGACGCGCCCUCAAAUGCACUCAAAUAUCUCACGCUAGCAGGCUUCACCCUUCUGAAACUCUCACGAUGCCAUAUGCGAGACCGACUUGACUUGGCCCAAGGAAAGAUGGCGUACUUCACCGCCAUGGCUAUCUUCAAGAAGGCAGCCGUCGAAACAGAUGACAGUAUCGGCCGAUUACCAAAGAUCAUGACACAACUUUGGACAAGCAAAAACAUUUUCAAGAAGGCUGACGGUUCGACUGAUGCAUUGUCCCUCCGGUGUGGAAGCCGGCUAGCAAUGAGCAUAGUUUACGAUUGCUACUGGUGGUGGCGAUCCGAGUUUGCCGGCAUGCCGAAUCCCUACGAGGAAAGAGAUCAUAACACAUUGGAAGAGCAGCUGACGCCAGAAACCUUUCAGAAUAUGGUCUGGCUACAAGAGUCGUUUCCAGAGUUUGCGUGGCCGACCAUGCAGGAUCUCGCGUCUCUCGAGUGGACACCUCAAUCAGCCGCAGCUCCGAGUACGUUUCCCGCUCCUGGGAGUGCCAUGCCGGACCUCAGCACCAUUUGGGCCUGA